AUGUUUAAUUCUGAUUUACUACUUCUUCAACAAUUAAUUAAAUUAAUUUGUGCAGAAUUAAUUAAAUGGCUACUUCAGUUAUCAGUAAAUAUCUUGAGAUAUUUUUUCAUUAUUAUUGUGCAAUGUAUAUUCAGAGGGAGAUCUCCAUUACAACCAUCAUCAUCAUCAUCAUCUUCAUCAUCAUCAUCAUCAUCAGGUCAUCAACCGGUUGAGGAAGUUGUCAUCCAAACCCGCAACGGUGGUUUAUCAUCUUAUUCAAGUUCACAAGGCUACGAGGUCGUACGGAAUGAAAGUGUUAGAGAGUAUAAUCAAGAAUUAAACGGAAUAUAUUAUCCAUUUCGUGCAGGAAAUCGUUUAUUCUUUAUAGAAAUACGUUCACAAAUAAGGUUUUUAAUUGAUACGGGAGCUGAUCGCAGUGUAUUUCCUCGAUCUUUUAUCCCUCAACGUAUCAAACCCGUUGUAGAUCGAAGUCGCAAUUUUCGAGCUGCAAAUAAUACCCAUAUUGCAACUUAUGGGAUCACUUCCAUGAAUUUAGACUUUGGAUUAGGGCGAAAUUUUGAAUGGAACCUCACAAUCGCUGACGUUGAUCAACCAAUUCUAGGUGCUGACUUUUUUGCUCAUUACGGACUAUUAGUAGAUUUUACAAACGGUAGAAUUAUUUUCCUUGGUUAA